AACGAUUCCUACCAUGUCAGACUUCUCUAAUGCGAACCUCGCCCUAUUUAUGAAUGUAUUGAUCAACAAGGAGAGUAUAAUAUCCUGUCUUAGCUCUUUUCCUACCUGUCCUCCCGAACUCCCAAAACAGUAAUUUAAACUUGGCGGUACAGACAUCAUGACUACAUUAAAGAAAUUGAAUUUCAUCACCGGCAACAAGAACAAACUGGCCGAGGUUAGAGCGAUUCUGGGUAAUGCGAUUGAGGUCGAUAACCAGGGGCUGGACGUUCCGGAGAUACAAGGGACUAUUGAAGAAAUUGCCAGAGAAAAGUGCAGGCGUGCAGCGGAAGUGAUCGAAGGCCCAGUUCUCACGGAGGACACAGCACUUGAGUUUCACGCACUGAAAGGGCUUCCUGGCCCAUACAUCAAAUCAUUCCUUGAUGUUUUGGGCCAUGAGGGAUUGAAUAAAAUGCUCGAUUCAUUCGAGGACAAAUCGGCAGAUGCGAUAUGUACAUUCGCUUUCUGCCACGGGCCCGGCUCAGAGCCAAUUUUAUUUCAGGGAAGAACGAAGGGUGUAAUUGUCAGACCGAGAGGUCCAUCAAACUUUGGUUGGGAUCCAAUUUUCGAGUAUGAAGGGAAAACAUAUGCUGAAAUGGACAAAGAGGAGAAGAACCAAAUAUCGCACAGGUAUAAAGCUUUGGAGAAAUUGCAGCGUUGGCUUGUCCAGGAAAAAUCCUGAUUUCUCAACUCCUGGGCGAAUGACGUUGAUAGGCGGUGCAUGUCUGGAAUAUUUCAGUUCGUAUUGAGGUUUUGGUCGAUCCAAGAGGAUACCCAAGAUGAAAUUCUUC